AAUAGCGAGGACGGUACCUCGACUCUCGGGCGUGUAUUUGGUUGUCCUUCUGUCACACAGCCUGGAUUACGGACCUCAUCAGCCUCAGAUCGCGAGGAGAGGAGAACAUGUCGACGCUGACAGCAGGUCCUUCCCCGGUAACGAUCACAGCCAACACGGCAGCCAGCCCGCCCACCCCGUCCGGCGGCGCGCCCACCGCCGGCUCGGCCGCCCCUACCCCCGAGGUUCUGUACGCGCUACUGGCCAACGACAAGUCCCUUGAAGCGAACAUCCCGAAGUGUGCGGGGUGUGAACAGGUGAUCCUGGACCGCUUCAUCCUGAAGGUUCUGGACAGGUCGUGGCACGCCAAGUGUCUGCAGUGUUCGGACUGCCAGGCGCAGCUCACUGACAAGUGCUUCUCACGGGACGGACACGUGUACUGCAAGGACGACUUCUUCAGGCGAUUCGGGACGAAAUGUGCGGGGUGUGGUCAGGGCAUCCCCCCCACCCAGGUGGUCAGGCGCGCACAGGACAAGAUCUAUCACCUGCAGUGUUUCGCCUGUAUCAUGUGCAAGAGGCAGCUGGCCACCGGGGACGAGUUCUAUCUGAUGGAGGACGCUAAACUCGUCUGCAAGAGUGACUACGAAGCAGCAAAACAGAGAGAAAUGGAGCUGGAGGGAACACAGAAGAGACCCCGCACAACUAUCACUGCCAAGCAGCUAGAGACCCUGAAACAAGCGUACCAAAACAGCCCCAAACCCGCCCGCCAUGUCCGAGAACAGCUGUCACAGGAGACAGGACUGGACAUGAGGGUCGUGCAGGUGUGGUUCCAGAACAGAAGAGCGAAAGAGAAGAGACUGAAGAAGGACGCGGGCCGGGCCCGGUGGGGACAGUACUUCCGCGGGAACAACAACAACAACAACAUCAAACGGAAAGGCUCGCCCGCUAGAAGCGAACAAAAUGGCGCCGUGGACGACCUGGAUGCUGAUCUCUCUAAGGAUAUAGUUUACUCAGGUACGCGUUACGUAUGA